AUUGCAACACCGGGACUUGGCUCGGAGGUUUCUAAACAUAUAUAAAAGAAAGGAAGUCAUGAUUCAAGAGACCUUAUCCAGCAAGCAACGAUGCAUUCUCUUGUGUUUUCAACACUACUUUCCGGAGCUGCGGCGCUCUCUUAUGCCGGGAAUAAAGUGCCUUUUGAGGCAGAUCCUCCUCAAAUUGCCGCCAACUUUCCGGAUGUAGACCAAAAGCUCUACUCUCCAGCCUUCAUCAAUCCCGAGGGUGUUGCUCCGGGUUUCGCCAAUGGCACAUCGGCGCCAAACUCCCAGCAGACACUGGAACAGUUCUUGUGGACGCUUGCAUCGCGAAACGAGUGGAUGACCUAUCACAAUCCUGUAUUCACUUCUGAAGAGGGACGCUCGAUUCCUUAUGUUGUAUUAUCUGCAUCAAAAUCGCUCUUGCAGACAUCGGCAGUGGGCAACACCACAAACAAAGUCCGAGUCUGGCUGCAGGGCGGAGUUCAUGGGAAUGAGCCGGCUGGCGAAGAAGGACUCCUUGCACUUCUCGGUAAAAUGGAUGCUGAACCAGAAUGGGCGCUUGGACUUCUGGAAAAGCUCGAUAUUAUCGUUCUUCCACGAUAUAAUCCUGAUGGGUCGGCUUAUUUCCAGCGUCUUCUUGCGACAAGCUUUGACCCCAAUCGAGACCAUACCAAGAUGGCAUCGCAACAGACCAUGGAAGUCAAACAGUUGAAUCUCAAGUUCAAUGCUCAUGUGCAUCUUGAUUGCCAUGAGUAUGGAGCCCGAAGAGGAUUGACAUAUGAGAACAAGACAUAUAUCCCAGCCCAGGAUAACCAGUUCUCGGCGUUUAAGAACCCAAAUGUCCAUGCUGAUAUUCGAUCAAUGGCGGAAUCUCUGUUUGUCCCAGAAGUUGCCAGCGCUUUGCGAAAGAAGAACCUUACAACAAAUGGCUACGUCGUUGCAUCACAAGAAAACGACACCAUCAAGCUUCAAGACUUUGUCACCGAUACUCGCGGCGAAGUCACUGUUUUCCUCGGUCAAGGACUGGCUUUUCUCUCUGAGACGAGAGGAAUCGGAAUUGGAGAUCGCAACUUCCAGCGCAGAACAACAGCUGGGUUGACUGCUGCUGAGACGGUCUUGCAGAUUGCCGCUGAUAAUGCGGCGCUGGUAUAUGAAACUGUUGAAGAAGCGAGGAAGGACUUUAUCGAAAAUGACCACGAGAUCAUUGUAAGGGAUCAGCCAAGAUGGAUGGAGACAACAUGGCCAUACCUUGACGCCGAGACUGGAAACAUCACAGAGGUUCCUGUUCUGUUCGGCAACAAUACUCCUCCCGCAAGUAACCUUACCCGCGCACGUCCUGAAGCCUACAUCUUCAGCAGAGCUUGGGCUAACGCAGCCCUUCGCCUUCGAGCUGCUGGUGUUGUCGUGGAUGAGCUUGCUGUCGACUUUGAAGGUGAGGUGGAAGCAUACAACAUCACAUCUGCUAUGCUGGCAGAGACUAAGUAUGAGGGUAUUGCAUUGACUACAGUGAAUACUGAGUUGAGCAAGAAGACGAUGAAGUUUCCUGCUGGGGCAUAUUGGGUUGGUACGAAACAGCAACAUGCAGCCCAGGCCUUUGUCAGACUGGAACCCGAGAAUCCAGAUGGGUUUGUUACGUUCAACAUCCUACCUGUCAAUGCAGGAGAUGAGCAUCAGGUCUAUAGAAUUCCGUCCAAGAGUCAAUAGUGUAGGACAGUAGGAUGAUAGCAUAAAUCAAUGUAUAUAUGAAUUACUUCCGAGCCCUA